ACUGCCAAUAAACAGACACUUGGAGAGUAGAUAUAAAAGCAGACCUCUAUCUGUUGAAUGGUAGUGUCUUAGAUAUCUCUUUUGAGAUAAGAAAGAAUUAACUUCCUCGUAUAUUACUUUUAUAUCAAAAUUGAAAUACUUCAAUACCUCUGAAGAUGAUCUGGAUUUUUAUCUUCAAAAGAUAGUGUGUUUAUCUGCAAUUUGAUUGUAGGAGAGAAAUGUGUUAUGUAAUCAUGGGAUUCAUUUAUGGAAUUUCCGGACAUAACUGCACAUCAGUGCAUUACUAAAAGCCUAUUAGAUGACUGUUUUUGUGUGUGUGAACGAUUUAAAGUAAUUAAAUGACAUUUUCGUAAGCAAGGAUUACACAGAAAAGAGAGUUGUAUUUAAAAACAAUUGAACAAAUACCAUGAAUAUUUUAUUUGCUACAAUUAUAAACAUUAUAUCAUAUUUUUCAUACCAUAAACAGUCAAAGUUUUACUUGGUUGAGAAGGAUUUUGAUGAGAACACUUAUGGAAUUAAACCAGUUUACAUUGCAGAAAAUGGCCGUUAUAUAUAUGACCAAAAUAACAAUAUGAUAAUUUAAUUGUUAUAAAUAAACAGACAAAACAUUGGAAAUAAAAAAGUAAUAUUGUGCGGCAAAUAAAAACUGGAAGAUAGUAACAUUCAUUAUUUAUUCAGGAAAGGAUAGGAAGCUCAUAGAGAAUUAUGAUGGCGUUCCUAGACGAGAUCAAAAAUUUUAUAUACGGGAGAUCUAAUUCCACUGAUCACGAGAACUUAGAGGCGUUAUUGAAUGGUUCGAAGAAUAUUACUGGCGAACUACUUGAUGAGGGAGAAACCAUCGGAUGGAGACAAAUUCUGCUUAUCUUUGCAUACGGACUGUUAAUAGCAAUAUCUCUGUUCGGAAAUAUACUAGUGUGCCAUGUCAUAUUCGUACACCGUCGGAUGUGGACAGUGACUAAUUUUUUCAUAGCAAAUCUUGCCGUGGCUGAUCUACUCGUCACGUGCAUAAACGUUCCUUUUAAUAUUGCACGGAAUUUCUUAGAGGAAUGGCCCUUUGGUUCAGUUAUGUGUCAUUUACUGAACUUUUCUUUGAUGGUGUCGACAUAUGUUUCAACAUUUACAUUGCUUGGUAUUGCUUUAGAUAGACAACAAGUAUUAUUGUACCCAUUACAUCCGAGGAUGAGCAGACCAUUUGGCAUAUCUGUGCUUGGAUUAAUUUGGUUGCUAUCUAUAGGUCUUUCAUUACCGUACGGUAUCUAUAAUAAAGUACAGACCGUGAAUUUCUUACUCAAUAAUGCUUCAAGAUGCACGCCGUCGUUUCCGUAUCCAAGUGAACGAUGGGAGAAGUAUCUUACGAUUGGAACCUUACUCUUACAGUAUGUGAUUCCUCUUACAGUGAUUGGAAUAACUUAUGGUCGGAUUGUUAGAAAACUAUGGGUUCGAACACAUGUAGGAGCUGUUACACAAAACCAACAGGCAUCUCAACAGAAAGCUAAACGUAAGAGCAUUAAGCUCCUUAUAUGUGUGGUUGUAAUAUUUGCUAUUUGCUGGAUGCCUUUAAAUCUUUACCAAGUUUUAGCAGAUUUUCAUCCAAACGCAAAAGUAUUUCAUUAUGACAGUACAACAUUUUUCAUUUGUCAUUGGAUCGCUGUAAGUUCAACGUGCUACAAUCCCUUCGUGUAUUGUUGGUUGAAUGAGACAUUUCGCGCGGAAGUAAAAUCUCGCUUUAAAUUUUGUUUACCGAGACCUAAACGUGUACAUCCGGGCACUGAUAUCAAUGGAACAUUGUGUAGAGCGGAUAAGGCUUAUCAUCGAAGGCAGUCUAAAAGCAGUACUGGAAUAAACAAAACGACUAUUUCAAAGGUAUGCGAUAAAUACAAAGUUGAUACCGACAUGUCGACGAAAGAACAAUCAGAGUUCUUGACAGAUACGGCAGUAAAUCCCAGCAGUGAUAUCUCGCGGAGUGUAACGGACAUAAGCGGAUCAAGUGGAUCUCUUAAAACUUUCACAGAGUUGCCGGAACUUCUUUCCUUUUGCGACAACGGGGAGGCCGUAAAUACACCAAAUGGCAUAAGUACUCACAAGUUAUAGACAAUAAAAACGUAAAAGCUAUAAAUAUUGUGGACAUAGCAAAUGAUAUUAAAGUUUCAGUAAUAAAUCAUCAAACAUGUUCGCUGUAAAGCAAGACAUAUGACUGUGAUAAACAAUCAAAAGUUAUUAACGCUCAAUAUACAUUUUCUCUCUGAUUUUAUUUACAAUUUUAAUAUUUCGGAUUCUUUUGAUAAAUUUAAAUGAAAAAGUAAAACUUUCGGAGGAAAGAAAUCAGGCAAAUUAAAACAAGACAGCACUCCAAAGGGGCGUUAAUAACAUGUUUGUUAAAGCGAUUCUAAGGCUGUAUAGUACAAGAAAGAUAACCCAUUUUGAUAAUAUUUUCCAAUUAGAAAUAAAUGAAAUGAUUCCAAGAAAAAAAAAAAAACGAAACAGAAGCUUAUAAGAUGUCAGCUUUUUAUAACUUAGUUUAAUGUUUGUAAAUAUUUAAUGGCUUACAAAAGAAAGUUUGUCCUUCUGUUCGUCAAUAGUGGAAUGAAAAUUUCUAACAUUAUAUCGACAUUACUCAAUUGUUUGUUAAGAUAUUAUGUUUUCUGUUCAAUGACAACAGUUUUCAUUUUCAGUAAAAGGUGAUGUUAUGUUUUUUGUCGUGAAUAAAAUUAUUU